AUGGCGCACGAGACAGCCGCCGCGGCACCGCCACCACCACCAUCAACCCCUGCCGGAGCAGGUGCGCAGCCGCCGCCACUGUCACUGGAGCCAGGGUUCAGAUUCCACCCCACAGAUGAGGAAUUGGUGAUGUAUUAUCUGAGGAGGAAGAUCUGUGGGAAGCCCUUCUAUUCCCAAGCGGUCAGCGAAACAGAUGUGUACAAAACAGAGCCAUGGCAACUCGGACAACAUUCAUCAUCCAAGACCCGAGAUCUGGAGUGGAUCUUCCACAAGAAAGGCCUUGGACCCCCAACCGGAGAUCAUUAUGCUCCAUUUCUCGACGAGGAAUGGGAUGACAAUAAUAAUAAUAAUCAUGAGCCUCAAAAUGGUGAAUUGACUCCAAUUCCAAUUCCUCAUCAUCAGGAAAUACCAUUUAUUAUUUCCAACAGGGAGAAAAACAAAAGUCCAAUGCAAGAUGAUUCAACACUUUUGGAAUUCCCAAUUCUACAAUCUGUCGAAACUAAAUCCUACCAGAGCUCCCAGGCAGGUGAAGGAAGCAGCCGCACGGGGGGCGGUGCAUUUGAUUCCUCGAAUCUGGAGAAAUCUGUGCCGCCUGGAUUCUUGAAAUUCCUCAGCAAUUUGGAGCAACAGAAUCUGGAUGGGAUCAUGGAGCGGGAGGCAUGGAGGAUGGAAGCGUUUCGGGCACAAGCCCUGGUUAACAACUUCGAAUCCCGCAUCGAUGCACUCAACAGGGAGAAUGAAGACUUGAGGAGGCGUGUUCGAGGUGGCUAA